GGUCGGUGCGAGGGUGAACUCCUGAUGGUGUGUACAUCGCAGCAUGUCUGCACUCUCGACGCCGGGCGGCGGAGGAACUACGGCGCAGAGCAAGCCGACGUCCGGCAAGCAAAAAUAUCAGAAAUUGGACAUCAAUAGUUUGUACUGCGCCAACAGGAAUGAAAACUUAGAGCCGUCCUCAGUAAAAUCUCAACUUAGCCGUAAACAUGGAAUGCAAAGUCUUGGAAAAGUUCCUUCAGCAAGGCGACCACCAGCUAAUCUACCAUCUCUAAAAACUGAAACUGGUCAAGAUCCUAACGCUAAUUCAGUAUCUACAGUAACUGCAACAGUAACUACUCAAGUAUCAUGCACUUCUCAGACAAUAACUACAUCCUCAAGCAGCAGUGUUGUUGCGGGCACAGGAUCAGGGGGAUGGGUACCUCUCCCUCCACCAUCAUCCCCUCAUUUCCGCACAGAGUUCCCCUCAUUAGAGGCAGCUGCUCAGCCCUCACACCGUUCUUCAGAUCAUUCUGCUCACCAACCACAAUUACGACCACAAACGGAAGGGAGCUGGACGUGCGGUGGCACGGCCGGCGUUCGGCAAGAAACUAUAUCGUCUCCCGGCGCCGCGCCCGCCUCCACGCCUGCUUCACAACAAACACCCGCUUACCGUGCCAUUCUGCCAUCCUUCCUGAUGAAAGGUAGCAGUGGUACUGGAAUUGGAUUAGGAACAUUAAGCUCACUUCGUGAUAAUAGAAACAGUAGCAAUGGUGGAGGAACCAGCACUUCUAACAAUAGUAACAUGGCUGGCUCUAGACAAGCACCACGACAACCUGCUACUCCCCGAGCCGUCGAAGUUCUUACAGCGCGCCCUAUUCUACGCGAGGACCAAAUAUCUUCACUUGAUGAUAUCUCUCGUGACGCCGGAUGGGCGCAGCAUGAUGAUAUUGAUUAUGAUCAAAAACUCGACUUCUCUGAUGGUGAGUCAUCUACUCCAACUACAAAAAGCAACAAAAGUAAUAACCGAACCAGUAUAGACAAUGAGUGCUUGGACAAUAAAAUACAGGAUCCUGGAGAUGAAGAACAAAUUUGGGCCGAACGUAGGCAAAAACAAAGCAAUGAAGUUGCUCAAGCAGUUGCACGUGCUCGUCAGCGUAAAGAAGAAGAACAGCGACGACAAAUGAGGGACUCCCCAGCAACUCAACAACAAUCGAAGGAUAUACGUGAUAAGGUUGAAAGGAUUGAUCGUAAUGACAGCAGAGACAAGGAAUCUGAAGUAAGAGACAAGGAUACUAGAGUUGAUAACAGGGAAAAAGAACGAUGUGAUAAUAAAGACAAAGAGCGUAAUGAUUUACGUGAAAGAGACUCUAGAGACAAAGACCGAUUAGACAGGGAACGUGAUAGAGUUGACCCACGUGAUCGUUUUGAUCGGGAAAGAGAACGUGACCGCGAAAGGGACAGGCUACAAGAUAACAAAGAUAGAAACAGGUUAGAGAAUAGAGAUCGAGCCGACGGUGAUAAAGAACGGGAGUUACGAGAUCGUAACGACAACCGUGACCGUAAUGAUAAUAGAGAUCGCAUGGAUCGUGAUAGAUAUGACAGAGAGAGAGAUCGCGAUCGAGUUGACAGGGAUAGAGGUGAUCGUGAUCGUGACCGUGACCGUGACCGUGAUCGUGAUCGUGAUCGUGACCGUGACCGUGAUCGUGAACGUGAUUUUCGCGACAGAGAUUAUGCACGAGAACGUGAUCGUGAUCGUGAACAAUCGAGUGCGCCUUUUUCAAAAACUUUUCAAGCAAAUAUGCCUCCUCGAUUUUUACGACAACAACAAAGUAGGCAGCACAAAGAGGAGGAUCAGCAUAAAGCUUGGGCGUUCACUGGAAAACCAGCCUCAAGACGCCAAGAACCUCCUCCAUACAAUGCUUCCAGACAUACGUCGCAUAAUGGCCGUCGUUCAUACUCAAGAGAUUAUUCUGAUAGAGAAGAUGAAAUAAGAAGAGACAAGGAUGGACCUGGCCCUCAGUGGAGAUCUGAAAUGCAAGAUUAUGAUAGAUCUGGCAGGGAAUUGGAUAGAUCUAAUUCCAAAGAUUCAUACAAAGAUUUUAACGACUAUAAAGACAGAAGAAACGAUUCUGAUAGAAAAUCAAUAGAUUCAGCCAUUGAACAUAGCAACAGGACUGCAGCUGAUAAAUUAACAGAAGUCUUUGAAAGAAAGAGCAUAGGGUUAGCUGAACCAUUUGCUUCAUCUGACUUAACAACACAAGCACCUGAAAGACGAACCACGCUUUCAUCAAAUUCAUCACAAUGUGAGCCAUCUGAAAAAGAUUUCAGUAAAGCAUCAUGGGCUGAUGUUGCACAAGAGGAACAAAAUUCUAUUGCAGCUAAGUUGUUGGAUAAAGAUGGAACUUUGAAACAAAAUGAACAUAAAAUAGAUCUUACAACCGCUGAAAGUAUGGAGGCGAUAAUAAUUUCGCAACAAAACGAAAAUAAUUCUAAUAUCUAUAUGCACACAAAUCUCAACACUCAAAAUCAAACUACCAGUUUCAGCAAUAGUCACAUACCUAGCACUCAAGUUGUUACUUCUCAAAUCCAACUAACACAUGCAGUGGAUACGCAUAUUAAUAAUCAAACUCCUAUUCCUAAUUCUUCCGUUACUCAAUCUCAGCCUACUAUAUUGACAGAUUCUCGUGCUGUUUCUAAGUCUUCUUCAAACCAAUCCCUUACUAAAUCAGUAAAUUCAGGUGAAUCCAUCUCUAGCUCCACACAAUCACAAAAACCAUCUGAACAAAUAUCUCAUGCUAAUAUGGCUAAAUCGACAAUUUCUGGCCAAAAAUCUGAAAAAGAUCUUUCAGAGUCUGAAUCAAUAGCCUCAAAGUCAAGCACUGAUCCUAUACAUGGUAUGUUAGGAAAUAAAAUACCUGAUACUCACUCUCUUGAAAAUAUUCAUGAUUCUCAAAAACGGCUAGUAGAUGACAAAAAAAAUGAAAAAUAUAAUACUGAAAUAUUGAAAAUACCAAUAAAAGAACCCAUUGAAAGAAAAUCUAGUGGAUCUGGGUCUGAAAAGAAAGCUAGAGGCUUUGGAAGCAGUGGAUAUAAUGUUUAUAGCAGAGGUUGGGGAUCUAGAGAAUCUCGAGGCCGACGUUCACAUCGAAGCUCUCGUUCAAAUAAUAGAGCUAGUGAAUCUGAUGGGUCUACAGAUGGUAAUAACGUUGAAAGAAAAGAACGACGAAGAGCUCCACGUAGUCCACGUGGCCCUAAGAAACAAGAUAGACCAGAUGAAACAAAUAAUCCUACCAAUGAACAUAGUCUAUCAAUAACUGAUGGAUUAGAAAAUAGGGAACCAUUUGCACCGCGCGGUCAGCCUUCUCGUCGAGGAAGAGGUGGUUUUCAAGGAACUAACAGACCACCUGCUCCUGCCAAACGUGUAGGUGGAUAUGGGCCGCCAAAUACAAAAAGCCCUUUCAGUCAAGCUAAUAGAGCGGUAAAGGAUAAUGAGGAUGUAAAAGACAAUCCUUUCGAUGACAAGGAAAAAUCCAAUCAAAAAAGCCGUACUAGCUCAUCUGCAGCUAAAGGACGUGAUCGUCGUUCAAAAGGUGGUCCAAUGAGUGGUGAGGAUGAAAAUUGGGAAACGACGUCAGAACAUUCCGAAAGUGGCGGUGCAGGUAUGCAUCGUCGUCCUAAUGGGGGAAGACAAUCUGCUCAAUCACAAAAAGGACAAAUAGGUAAUCGAAAUCAUAAUUCUAUUAAUCGUCAAAAUAAUGGUCGUGGUCAACAGGCUCCUAAAAAGGAAGGAGAUACUAAAAAUACUGAUAUAACAGAGGCUGUUAAUGAUCUUAAGAUAUCAACUGCUAAGAACGAAGAAAUUGUUGAUGACGGAUUCCAAGAAGUACGCAAUAAAAAGAAUUCAAAGGAAACCAGAGUUUCUAAUGUAAAAGAUGAAAAACCACCGAGAUCUCGUUCUAAUCAGGGUGGAGGUCGCAACGGUUCUUCAUCCAGAAGUUCCAAUGAUAAAUCUAAUUCAAGAGGAACAGCUCCUAUUGCAGCAAAAUCUAAUGCACAAUAUGAUAGACCUCGUCAAGCUAAUUUAGCGCCGCGAUUUGUUAAGCAAAGACAAAAACAGCAAAUGGGUUUAUCAACCUUUGGACCAGACACUGGGGCUGCUCCACCACCUCCACCUGUGAAUGCUUGGGAUAAGCCAAUUUCACAAACUCUACGUGGUAAUGCUGACGAAACUGCAGAAGUGACUGAAAUUAAAUCAAAUCAAUCAAGCCAACGAAGCUCACCUGGAGAUACUUCAGUUGAAAAUAAGACUCCUGUAACCUCCUGCACUGUCGUGGCUGAUAAAGGCGGAGUUCUUGAUGGAGCUACGCCUCCAGUUGAAACAAUCAUAUUUGAGAAUACUAAUUAUAAGACUACUCCCCCCGCAGAAGCUCUAAAACAAAAAUAUCAACCUUGUGCUGCCACUGCUAAGCCACAAGCAGAUGAUGUUCAGACAGAAAUUGAAUCGAGACCUUUACCAUUUAACGGAGACGUAAGAUCGAGACCUAGAUCAAUUCAAGAGCUUAUGGCUGAAACUGGAAGACCAGUAUCAGAGGCAGAAGGUUCCUUAGGACUACAAAUGUCAUUUGAUACAUCUCAAAAGACAGAAGAUUCGUCUGAUAUGAAACUUGAUUUUGCUUUUGAUUCAGAUCUUGGUCAGUUAACAGAAGAUAAAUCGGCAAAAUCACUUGGAUUGCCGCGUAGUACACACAUGAGUACUUCUAAUACCAUUUCACCACUGGCAGCAGAUCUCAAUUUAAAGAUUGCCAGUGUUAAAAAAGUCUGGGAAAUGCCUGCAGUGGCAGAAGGUAGUGAAGAGUUACAGUUUGCUGGAUUUGAAGAAAAUAAUACUGAAACUGGUGCGCCUCCUAAUGUGUGUAAGGUAAAACCUACACAACAAUUGCAAUCACCUCCACCUCAGCAUUACAAUCACGUUAGCUAUCAAGGAGGUUAUGGUGGCCUUUCAGUUCCUUCACCUCCAGCUGUUUUGUUUAAUUCAUCUCAACAAAUGUUAGGAUCAUCUCAACAAUUGCCACAGCAAGGAGGCCUAUAUGGUGCCUUUUUGGAUCAAACUCGAGGACAAUUCGGCGGGUUUCCAGGAACCCCUUAUGGCGCUGGUUCAGCUACUCCAUAUAAUUAUCAACCUCCCCCGGAUAUGUUUCAGAGCCUGCCAAGUCAAUACCGCAUGGUGACUGGUGGUGGUGCAGCUUUUGGGCAGUCUGGUCAACUAGGCAACAGUCCUAGCACUGUUCUGAUUUCAAGUACUUCAAAUUCCUUGAUGUCAGCUACUGUCAAACCUUCAACUCAGCAAAUCGGUGCCAUUGGCAGCAAAGGCGGUGGUGUAGGUGGGGUCGGUGGCGUUGGGGGCGUGAAUACCUUCCAACAACAGUACUUAGGCUACUCCGGACCAGUAGGGGAGGCGCCUUACUCACUUCCUGGCUUACUUCCACGACCCGCGCCACCUGCGACUUCGUACUACUCGCCAUAUCAACCACCUGCGGCGCCGGCACCGACUUACCCAUUGCAAUUCACUCAGCCGGCUCAGUCUAGCGCUUUCAGUUCACAGUUCCUCUCUUCACAACUGCACGUCGCCGCUGCGGCCGCCGUUCAACAGAUGCAGACAAAUUACCAACAGCAACAGUACCGGGCGCCGCCUCUGCAACAGCAGUACGCGCCUCCACAACCUCGUCCUCCUCCACAACAGCAACUCAAGAGCCCUCUUCACGAGCACGCGAAUGGAUUCGCUCCUCUCUGCGACUCUGCAUCGCCUACACCUAAAGGCGCAUCUAAACCGCAGAAGCCUCCACACUCGCCGCCGCAGCACAAAUACCACCCGCAGCCGCCUCACCAGCAGCACCCGCCCCCGGCGCAUACUCCUCACCAACACCACCAGCAGCAUCAACAGCAUCAACAGCAAUUAGUGAGUGGCGGCAACAACGGCCGCGGAGGAAACGUCACGGGCGGCGGCAACGGAUCUGGAGUGAACCGAGGCGGCAUGGGCGGACAGCGCUAUCCGGCUCCUAUCCAGCGGCCUCACGCGCCCGCCAUGCCGAUGUACCGCGCGCCGCCCGCCCAGGCGCCUCGCGCGCACCACGCGCCACGAGCCAAUCUCUAUUAUCAUCACCACCAACGCAAUGGUGGGAGUGGCCCGGAACGAAUGACUGACGUCGGAGAGGUAGCGGCUAACGUCGAAGACAGUGGCGAUAACGCCCCCGCUGGCGAGGCGCCGCCUGUCGCCGAGGUGAAAGCCGAGUGA